AUGCUAGAUAUCACGUCCAAAAAAGGAAAUUUACUCAGACAAACUUUAACAGUAGUGGUGAUGCAAACAAAAGCAUUAAUGGAUGUCUGGUAUCAGCUGAGUCGCUUCUGGAAAAAAGCAUUUUGUCACGUAGAUGACAGUCACAUAUUUGCUGGUGAAGCACUUCAUUCGAAGGGUUAA